CCCCAGCCCAGUGCUGGCAGCUGCCCUUGGCAGACGCACGCCCGCACCUCGCAUGCCACCGCGCCAGCCCUUCCCGGGUGCCAGCUCUGUCCCCUGAGAAGGUGACAGCCAGCCCAGCAGCAUGCCCCGAGCAUUGCUGCUGCCACGGCCACUGUGGGGCUGGCCUGGCAUGAAGGCAGUGGUCACCACCGGGGUAUUUGUAACCACCCUCUGGAACCUGAAGUGCUUCCUCAGCCCCUCCAAGGUCUCUGGAGAAGCUCCCAAGCGCACUGAGCCGCUGGUGGUCCUGGUGUGGGAAUGGCCCUCAAAGCAGGUCCCCAGCAUCAGUGGGGAUGUCUGCCGUGAGCUGUACAACAUCGCAGGCUGCUGGCUGACAAUGGAGAGGCAGCUCCUGGGCCGGGCAGAUGUGGUGGUGUUCCCCCAUACCAGGCUCCACUCCAGCAGGGACAGGCUGCCCAAGGAGAGGCCAUCAAGGCAGAGCUGGGUGUGGGUCUCCCUGGAGUCGCCCUCCAACACUAAAGCUCUAGCAGGGUGGAAUGAGACCUUCAACUGGGUGAUGACCUACAGACGGGACUCAGACAUCUUCAUCCCCUACGGCAAGCUUGUGCCCAACCAAUCAGCCACCAUGCACAUCCCCACAAAGACCAACCUGGUGUCCUGGGUUAUCAGCAACUACCGCAGGACUCAGAAAAGAGCUGAAAUCUACAGAAACCUCUCCAGGUACCUCCACGUGAACAUAUAUGGGAAAGCAAACAAAAAGCCACUUUGCAAGGACUGCCUCUUGCCAACGACAUCCAAGUCCAAGUUCUACCUGGCCUUUGAGAACUCCAUCCACCAGGACUACAUCACUGAGAAGCUCUGGAGGAACUCGCUGAUGGCUGGCACCGUGCCCGUGGUGCUGGGGCCUCCCCGGGCCAACUACGAGCAGUUUGUUCCUGCAGACUCCUUCAUUCACGUCGACGACUUUGGUUCCCUGGCGGAGCUGGCCACCUUCCUGAAGACCAUGAACUCCAGCCGCUACCAGCAGUUCUUUGCCUGGCAGAAGAGGUUCAGCGUGAAGCUCUACACUGACUGGAGGGAGCGCAUCUGCACCAUCUGUACUGUCUACCCCAACCUGCCCCGGGACCGUGUCUAUCCUGACCUGGAGAGCUGGUUCAACACCUAGCGUGGGGCUGGUGUGUGCUGGGACCAUCGGGGACACAGCUGGGCAGACACCGGGGUGGGGGAGUGUGGGGCACCCUCCUACAGACCAGGCCGUGGGGCAGGGAGGGACAUUGGAGCCCCGACCUCUCCUCCCAGCUCGGCUGUUGCCACACUGGGACCUUGAGCAACUCCACGUGACAAUUUCUUGCAAAACGGGACUAAUCCCCCCCAACCCAACCCAACACUCAUCUACCUCGC